AUGGAUAUACAAACAGAGGUGCGUGUGAUGCUGAAGGCUCUAGGCUUCAUCUGCCUCAUGGUCAUGGGCCUCCCUGCAAACCUGAGUGUGCUGUUCCUCUUCUUUCAGCUACGCCUCUCCCAUGGCCACUUGCAGCCAAAUGACUUCAUCCUCAGUAACCUGGCCACUAUCAACCUGGCUGGCCUUCUUUGCCGUGGCAUCCCCCAAACCCUGGUAGCAUUGGGCUUGAGACGUUUUUUUGAUGACUACGGAUGCAAGGCAGUCAUCUCCUGCUAUCGCAUGGGUCGUGCAAUGUCUAUCUGUGUGACAGCUCUGUUGGGCUGCUACCAGAGUGUGAGUGUAGCUCCUGCCACACCUCGCUGGACUGUCCUCAAGCACUGGCUUCCUGUCCACCUUCCCCACAUCAUCAUCUUCCUCUACGUCCUCAAUAUUUUUGACUGCUACAGAGCCAUAUUAGACUCCCAGGCACCACCUGUCAAUGGCUCCAUCCCAGAGUAUACACUAAAUCUGGAGUUUUGCAUUGUCGUUUUUCCAGGAUCCCAGACCUACAUGGUUAACGGAGUGAUAUAUACUUUGCGGGACGUGUUCUUUGUGUCUGUGAUGGUGGUAGCAGCAGGUUAUAUGCUGUUCAUCCUCUACAGGCACCGGCAGCAGAUGAAGGGAAUGCGGGGGGCCAGCCAGGCAUCAGUGGGCGCCUCCCAGGCCGUGUUGCUGCUGGUGUGUACAUACGUGGUGCUCUUCAGUCUGGAAAACGCACUGUGGGGAUACACACUCUCUGUCUCUAGGGUGAUGCCCGCUGUCUCCGAUGCCCGUGUCUUCUUUGCCUCCUGCUACUCUGCUCUAUGCCCUGUCCUCAUCAUCACCACUAACAGGAGGCUGGCCAGAAAUUUCCAAUGUUUCAUAUGUGCCAAAAAGGCCAGGGAGUCCCCUACUGCAUAA